GUGAACGUGACAAAUGGAGGACCGCGAGCAGCGACUCCCGGAGCGGCCACUGCCGACCGCGAUCAGGGGGCAGCGGGGAGAGAGCCGACUCCCGGAGCGGCCACAGCGGGACCCGGGGCAGCGGGGAGAGAGCCGACUCCCGGAGCGGCCACAGCGGGACCCGGGGCAGCGGGGAGAGAGCCGACUCCCGGAGCGGCCACAGCGGGACCCGGGGCAGCGGGGAGAGAGCCGACUCCCGGAGCGGCCACAGCGGGACCCGGAGCAGCGGCAGCGGAUUCAGGCGAAGCAGCAGCAGCAGCAGCGCCCGCGCCAGGGAGAGAUCAGGGGGCACCCGCCGGAGCAACGCGGGCAGACCCGAGGGCAGGAGUUGCUCGGAGCGCCGACGCAGCGGCCGGAGGGGAAUCGCGGAGCGAUCCGGGGACGAGGGGAGCAGCCGCUGGCACCGCCGGACCGGGAGCAACCGGAGCGGACGGACCGCGAGUUCGAGCAGCUGGUGCAGGCGAUCGGCGGGCGGGAGCGGAUCCUCCUGGUCGGGGAGCUGUGCGAGAGUCGGCAGCUCAUGUUCCAGUUCGUCAAGGCGUUGUUUCCCAGACCGGAGGAGGCGGACAAGGAGCCCGAGCCUCGGCGGCUGCUGUCGCCGUGCCCGAGGGUCACCGAGCUGGUGAACGGCAGCCGGGAGCAGCGGCGCCUCCGAGCCCGUCUCCUGCUCUUCCUCUUCCGACAGGAGUUCCUGUGCAGCCGGAGAAACGAGCCGCUGAUCCGGGAGCUGCUGCGGGACGUGCGCCAACGGUGCUGCUCCUGGGAGCCGCUACCGGGGCUCGUCGGGGUGGUUCACACCGAGUCCGACACACAGGGGGAAGAUCUCAGCGCCGCGGUCCGGUUCAUAGAGCACCAACUGCGGACCGUCUUUCACAGACACCCCAGCGACUGCGUCCAGGCGCUGCCCUUCGUCGCUGACCGGGUGGAUUCGGUCAGGGAGCUGAAAAAAAGCAGCUGCGACGUGCUCCGAGCCUCGUCGGGGAUCACAUCAGAUUUAAGCAAGAGAAGGCGUUCGUGUCUUUCCCGAUUCCUGUGUUUUCUCCGGAACAGUGCCAGAAGCAGGGAGGACAGACCUCCCAAGAGUGCGUGGAGCGCUACAGGACCAGAGGGAAUGUCUGCGGAGCGAGAGGGCAACAUGUGCUCGCAGCCACUGACAGUGGGACCAUCCCUGAACAACAGCACAGUCACACAGAUGGACUCCGAGGGGCUGAAGGAACAAGAUGUGGAAACUGAAGUGUAAACAAAUUGUAUAAAGUAACGUUCUCUCAGCAUCUGGGCAUCAUGAAGGAAUGCUAAUUUUUAAUUAAAUGCUUGGUUUUCCAGAUCUGGCAUGUUCCCCCUUUUCCAAUAGAUGGCGGGAUUGCUUGAGGAGGGUUGUUGUCACAUUAUCUGCAGGAAUCCUUGUGUAGAUAUAGUUUAAAUUGCUCAAAUAAUUUGAGUGCCUGACAUGUAAACGCUGUUUCAGUUUUAGAGCUGUCUGUCUCUCAAACUCCACAUGUUGCAUUGGGCAAGUCGCAAAAGAAGGCCAAGUAUUCUAUCAGGAGACAUCCUGAGAUUGUGCAGCUACUCUCUACUUCAGUGCAUUGCCACUGACUCGGAGAUUAACCUUAUGAGUCGAUUCCUUAUGCCUUGGGUGCCUCAAUGAGGAACAUUUUUAUGCAAUAAGACCAGAGGUUUAUUCACACAAAAUCAUAUCAGAGUUCACUGAAUACCAGCAAUAUGUUACUGUAUACUGUCCCAGAUUUUUAAAUUGUUAUUCCCAUUGCACUUCUAGUUGCUGCUCCGCAAGGGGAAUACAAUGUUGCCAUCCUUAAUCUAAUUUUUUUUUAGAGUUUUUAAGACCAUGGGUUUAUCUCCUGUUGUACAGCCCAGCAAUGCCAAUACACACCAGAAAUGAUUUAAACCAACAUAAAUACAAUGAUGCAAACCAACAUAAAUCUGACCUUCAACUCCAUUUCAUCAGGAGAAGCCUGACGAUUGGAUAGCAGAGAUUGUAAAGUUAGUGAGAUAGAGCUUGAUUAAAUUAUAAUCACUGCCUACUAUCCAGGGCAUUGUAAGUAACAUUCUUUUGAUAGAUCAUUGAUGGAAUCCAACCAUUACAGAAAUCCUGGUGUAGUUGUAGCAAACAAUUUCUUAACGUUUUGUGGGGAAAGAUGCAGACAUUCCCCUACAUCUCUUCCAGUGAAGAUUCCAUUCCACAUGUUAGAGCAGAAAUUAGAAUGGGACAUUUUUAUAUAACUUCUGAGUAACCUGUUACCCAAGCGACAGAAUCACUGGAAUGGGUAGUUUUGUCACUUCUUAGAUUCAAAAGUGCCUAUAUUUGAGAUCAUUCUGAACCAGGAAUUCAGACUGAGCAGUUGAACAACCAGCAAUUUUCAGACCAUGGUUUAAUAUGGUCAAAACAGAGCUAGUCAUUACAGAAAGGGGCAUCCUGGCUACAAGCUUACAAAAUGAAAAGAUUACUCUUUGGAACUCUCCUCGUUUUAAAAUGUGUCUGACAGUUUGCGGAGAAAUUGGCUGACAAGAUGGUUUUUGAUCAUCUUCACAACCCCCACCGACAUCUUCCCAAAAUGAAAGAUGGAAAAAAAAUGUAGAUCGUGUUGUGUAGAAUGCCAGCGAACUUGCUGAAGCAGCUUUUAUUAAUGGUUAGUUAUAUCUAGCCACUAUUUCACAGUAAAUGCAAGUAUUUCUCCUCUUUGUCAGGGAGAGUUUGUAGCCAAGGCAUCUUUCAACCCUGUGUCUGAACCAGCCUGUGCCUCAUCUACAAAUCCACAACAACUCAAAACAGACAGACUGGGUGUUCCUGGUGGCAGACCGUGGACCAUUUUCACCA